CCUCACUCUUCGUCUACCGCCUUCCUCCUCCCUCCAACAACCACCCUACCUCUAUCAACAACCACCGCCUUCAUUGAAGAUCCCCCGAUGAUUGAUAGAUUGAACAACACGGUGGUUGUGUCAUUCGUCCCACUCGAAGUUCCGUGCCCUAAUAAAUCAGCCAGAGGUCCGAUCGCUCCGGGCCUCCCGAUUCUCCUUCACCUCUGGUCUUCCAGUCUUGAAGACGUAAUUCAGAAGUUUAAUCACGUCAGCGUCGGCGAUAACGUCUUUGUUAUUGUCGUUGAUUGAGGUAUGAUCGCUCCGGUCUCUGAGUCGAGAACGACUCAAUGUUCAGAAGCAACAACACCAUCCGUUCAAUCCAGAGUCUGUCCGACCUCGAUGAUGAGCGACUUUAUCUCGUUGAUCACAGGUAUAUGUGGAUUGGUUUGAGCUUUAGUGAUCGACCACAGGCGGAGAUGGCGCCGCUGUUCCCCGGAUGUGAUUACGAGCAUAUAAUCGUGAUGGAUAAGCCCGACGGUGAAGGCACCACUAAUCAACAGAUGAUCGACUGCUAUGUUGAAACUGAAUCUAAAUUUCUAAGAAGGUACAUCAUAAUACCCUAAUUUACUCUAAGUUUCAAGUAUUAUUUUGAAUGAUCUCGUACUUGUUCUUAAUAAAAUUAUAAGAACAAGUAGUGCCACCUUCUGCUCAAGCUCCACUGCUUUUGUAGUCCUCACAUCAGCUGUUCUCUAAUACACACAGAGCACAAUUCAAAACUAUUACACAUUAAUCAUCUUUUUUAUAAAUCAAUUUUUAUAUAUUCCACAUUUAAAAGGGUUUAACUAAUAUAAGGUAUGACACAAAAGAAAAAUACAUCUUGAGAAUACCAGGAUCUUGGCUAAGGCUGUGGAUGCAUCAAGAGCUCGGUGUUCCAGUUCUACUUCCCUUUCCAUUGUAGCCUAUUAAAUAUUAAUUAAUUAUACAAAUCAUCAUCACUUUAUUUAAAAAAAUAAAGAAAAAUAAAAAGAGUAUGAAAGAAAAAAGUAAAAGACAUGUGAAUAAGACCAUCUUGGUAACAUUGUGUGCAGCAUGCGCUGCUUCUGCACUUCGUUCUGCAGAUGCAAG